AUGCAGCAUCCAUCUCGUAUGCCCACCGACGGCGUCAUCGUCAUCGCUCGCCUCUAUCCGGUCAAGGGCAAGGAGGACCGCGUCGAGGAGAUGCUCAAGACGAUCAGCGAGCAUUCCAACUCGGCUAAAGAACCCCACUGCCCUACGUACCGUGUCGUCAGGUCCCUCGACGCUCCAUGGCAAUUCGCCGUCUUUGAGCACUACCUCAACAAGCAAGGCAUCACGGAUCACGGCAAUGCUGAGCCUUUCAACGCUCUCAUCAAGGCCAUCGGUGACGAGAAGCUUCUCGACGAGAGCCGCGGCGGCAUCGUCAUCGAGCAUUUCGAACAGGUAUGA